AUGGAGACCCCAAAUGGCGCCGUUUCCAAGCUCAGAGUCCACCAAAGCGAUCCGAUUCUUGUGACGCCGGCGGAGGAGACCAAAACAGGGCUCUACUUCUUGUCCAACCUCGACCAGAACGUAGCCGUGAUCGUCCGAACCAUUUACUGCUACAAACCGGCGGCGAAGGCGAACCAAGACGACCCUGUGGAAGUGAUACGGAGAGCUCUGGCGAGGGUUCUCGUUCAUUACUACCCGCUCGCCGGUAGGCUGGCGAUUGGACCGGAAGGGAAGCUCGUCGUCGACUGCAAUGGCGAAGGUGCUCUGUUCGUGGAAGCUGAAGCAGAGUGUGGAAUGGAAGAGAUUGGUGAUGUUAGAGGUAACCCCGAUCUCGAAAAUCUUGGCAAGCUGGUCUACGAAGUUCCUGGCGCUGCUGGCAAUGUCUUGAAAAUGCCUCCUCUUGUUGCUCAGGUGACCAAAUUCAAAUGUGGUGGAUUCGUACUUGGUCUCGCUAUAAACCAUUGCCUAUUCGACGGAAUCGCAGCAAUGGAGUUCGUGAACUCAUGGGGAGAGAUCGCCAGAGGCCUCUUGCUCUCAGUCCCGCCGUUCCUCGACAGAACCAUCCUCAAGUCGCGCAACCCUACCCAAAUCGACCACGUCCAUGGCGAAUUGCUCGAUGUAGAACUCAAAUUCGAAGACCCAAAAGAAGAAGAAGAUCCCAUGGUCUACAAGUCCUUCCCGUUGGCAUUCGAACAGCUGGAAACCCUAAAAUCCAAAUCGGCGGUGGGAGGCGGCGACGUGGACCCACUGGCGGAGAAGAAACGCUCCACAUUCGAAGCGCUUUCCGGGUUCGUGUGGAGGGCGCGAACCCAAUCCCUGAACUUCCCGCCCAAUCAACCCACCAAGCUCAUCUUCGCCGUUGACGGUCGAGCCAAGUUCGUCCCUCCUCUGCCCACCGGAUACUUCGGGAACGGAAUCGUGUUCACGAAUUCGAUCUGCGAGGCAGGGGAACUGGUGAAUCAGCCGUUGUCGCGCGCGGCGGGGCUUGUUCGAGAGUCGGUAAGGAUGGUGGACGACGGUUACAUGAGGUCGGCGAUCGAUUACUUUGAGGUUACGAGGGCCAGGCCUUCCAUGGCGGCGACUCUGGUGAUCACGACGUGGUCGAGGCUGGCAUUCGACACGGCGGAUUUUGGGUGGGGCGGGCCGCUUUUCUCCGCGCCGGUGGGGCUUCCGGGGAAGGAAGCGGUUCUGUUUCUGGCGGAUGGAGAAGAGGAAGGGAGGAAGAAGGGGGUGCGUGUGUUUCUCGGGCUGCCGGCGUCGGCGAUGAAGACGUUUGAGAAGUUGGUGACAGAGGUGCCCACCAACAUUCCCCAACCCAAACACUACAUUGUUGGGCAUAUUUCCUUCCUUACUGGACUAGUUUUGCCGCCCAACCCGUCGGGAAACCUUUUUGCAACUUUGCCGCGUGACCACGCCUUCCCUCCGCAGUCCUCCCCAACAAAACAGGAGCCACAAGAACUUCUACAGAUUUCAAAAAAUUGCUUGAAAAUUCCAGCGAGCGCGAAUCUCUUCCGCAACGGAUUUCCCUCUUCUGCAAGUACGAAUCCAAUGCCGCCGAUGUAUCACAAUCCAGACAGUCUUCUUCGUCGCCAGCCGGUGACGAUCGGACAUAACAUAUCCACUUACCGCCGCGAGUCGAAGCGAGCUGAGGACAGGCACGGCGAUCGGAAGGUCUGCGAAUGGAGGAGUUUUCCCGCUCUAAGGUCUUUCGUUGCCUGCAUUAAUGGUGGAAAUGUUAGGUCUACUGGUUGA